AUCCCGACCUGAGCGGUGGCCCUUUAUUUUACUCCCUGGUCGGAAUUGUUUGUGAACUUUUGUGUGUACAUAGCCACCACCCCCAUCUUAAGUGUAUCGAACUCGAACGUGUGUUAAAGUUUAAUGCCAUUUUGUAGCCUUUUUUCAUCAGGAAGUAGAUACAGUGGGCACCUGUAUCGUAGUAAGGCGCAUGCAAACGAACGCAGAUUGGGAAAUAACAAACUCACUGGCUGCCAUUAGGAACCGUGUAGCAAUAAAAGUACUGUCGUGGCCUUGCCGAAAUCCGUUUAAAGGACACGUGUGCACCGAAGAACCUCAGACGUCGCAGUUAAACGUGUGUGAUCGAUAUUGCGCCCAUCCGAAGACGACGACCAUGACCAACCCAGCAGACACCAGUAGUCACUGACGAAGGCGCCUUGCGAUUCGACGCGGCAUUUGUUCCGUUUGUUGAUCGGUGGAAGUGUGAAUCACCUAUCGAACGGUGGUGGCCUUGACACCGUUUCCGUUCUUGUAACCGUUGAGGCUGUACACGACAACCAUGGGUCUGUUCGAUAAGUUGGCCAACAUGCUGAAGAUCAAAAAGGAGCAGAUCAACAUCCUGGUCGUGGGAUUGAACAACAGCGGAAAAUCGACCAUCGUUAAUCACUUCAAGAAUCCGGACGAACGGGCAUCCAUUAUUGUGCCAACAGUGGGAUUCAACGUGGAACGAUUUCAGAAUCAGGGAGUAUUCUUCACCGCGUUCGACAUGUCCGGUGCGACCCGCUAUCGCAGCCUCUGGGAGCAUCAAUUCAAAUCUUGUCAGGGAAUUGUAUUCGUCAUCGACUCGAGCGACCGGAUGCGAUUGGUGGUUGUGAAAGACGAACUGGAACUGCUGUUGCAGCACCCGGACAUUGCCAACCGACGGGUUCCGAUUCUGUUCUUUGCCAACAAGAUGGACUGCACGGAUGCGCUGAGUAGCGUCAAGAUUGCCGCCGGGCUGGGACUGGAAAAGAUCAAAGACAAACCGUGGCACAUCAGUUCGAGUAAUGCGCUGACCGGUGAGGGCCUGCAGGACGGAGUCCAGUGGAUGGUGCACCAAAUUCGAGAGUGUGUUGCCAGUUCGAAGGAUAAUGGUUAAGAGGAGAGGGGCGUGUUUCUCUAUAAAUGUAUCAGUGUAGAACAAUAAAACAAUACAUGUUAAUAAUAAGAGA